AUGUUCAUUUACCGGUGGCUCUUCCGACUCGCAAUGAAAUUCUUGAAAUUCCACUCCCCCGAAGGAGGCCGGAAACUGGUUUACUCCGCCGUCGCCGGUCACGAAAUCUGCAUGGACUAUUAUAUCCCCCCUGCCACGGGGUCUCUGCCCGCGAUGAUCUACUACCACGGCGGCGGCAUGACAACUGGCUCCAGGCGCGAAGGGCCCUGUCCGGACUGGAUAUACCACGGCGUCUGCAUUGACACGACCCGAAUCGCCGUCGCCGGCUUCUCUGCCGGUGCCUACUCUACCCGCGCCGCCUGUGUUUAUGCAGACCCCAAGCCCGCAGCAUUAAUCUCCGUUUUCGGGCUAGGCGGCAAUGUCCUCCUGGACCACUGGACGCGCCCGCGCCCCCCUACCUCAUUCGUCAAGUACUUCGAUAUGGGUAGUGUCCCAGCCUUACUUGCCGAUAAAACGGUUAUCAGUGAAAGCACGCUAGACCGCUUUCUGUCGACCAUUCACUGGGAAAUGGCCUUCUUCCGCCUGGCCUACCUGUCAGCCAGCCUCAAUGCACCUACCCCGAAGACCCUGCAAGUACUCCAGUAUUUUGGUUGUAUGGGAUCAGCCUGGAUAGUGAUGAUCAUGGAAAGCUGCCGACACAAGUCAUUUGCCCAAAUCCUCAACCAAAUCAGCAUAUGGGGCCUUGCCUGCAUGUUCGUCGGCCCAAAUCUCAUUCUGCCUCUGUACUAUACUGUUAAUUUUCCCGAUGGCCGCCCGGAUUCUCAGGAGGCUAUUCUAGAAAACGAGGUUCUCAUCAAUUACCUACCCACCUGGAAAGCCCUCUUCUUCUUCAUUCCCUUCUCACUUCAGCACCUACCCGCAACCUAUGCCCUAUCAGAGGAGGUAAGAAUUCACCGAGCGAUGAUCGUUUGCUUUUGGCCAGCAUGGCUCGUGGGCACUGCAUAUUUGAUGCAAACGCGUCCAAAUCAUGACUGCCUGCGCUCCUCUACCACCCGCCACUCCAUCAUGCAACGACUCCGCUCCGGCUACGUUUUCAGCUUCUACGUGGCCGUCGUAUCCCACCUAGGGACAGUGCUCUGGUGUUUGAGCCUGGGUGAGACACCCGGACGGGCGAUGUACGCGAUGUUUGUCCCCCCGGUGCCGUGGGCUCCUCAUCUCACUUCGAACCCUCAGGAGUUUGUUUUCUCUGUAUCCAAGUGUGCUUAUGCAGUCAGCUCGACUGCGAUGUGCGUGUGGGCCCUGGUUGCCUAUCUCAGGACGUGCGAGCAGCAGCGGAGGACAUCGACGGGUGUUACAGGGGUAGUGCUGAAGCUAUUGUUGAUAUUGGGUAUUGGUGGACCCUAUGCGGUGGCUAUGCAACUGCUCAUCUGGAGAAAUGAUGUUCUCAAUGAUACUCAGAAGAACUAA